CAAACAGUAAAGCCUCUUCUGAAAGACAGAAGGGAUUAAAAAAAGGGUGGGAAAGCCAGAAAGCAGUAACAUCCCUCAAGUGAAUUCCAAGGAGGCUACAAGUCAACCGAAACAGCUAAAAGAACUCCUUUUCAUCUGCCAGAAUCAUCUACCACUGCUUCUUUCUUUGACUGGUGGCUGAAUUUUCGAAGCAGUCUAAACUUAGCACCCGUGAAAUCAACCUGAGAAAGAAAGAAAGAAACCACCAGGGAGCUUCUAUUUGAAUCAACUUUUCACCACAUCCACCGAAAGAAUUUCUCUGCCUUUUUCUGAAGCCAAACCAUCCACCAUGAGCUCUGAGCAACUGGUACGCGAUGUGGAGAAAGGGAACAUAGUUGUCAUCCGGGAACCUGCUCAGAAGAACAACCACUGGAAGUGUCUCAGCAUCUGCUCCUUCUUGCUUCUGAUUGGAGCCGUAACCGUCUUUGCCCUCUUGCAACUGGACGCAUUUGGGUCUUCUGGAAAUCAGGACUCUAAAGUACAGGGAAAUUCAUUUUCUGAUCAUUUGCCCGCCACGAUGAAAGUGCAAGCCUUGAGGUCUAGAAAACCAGCUGCCCACGCUGUUGCUUCUUCCCACAAUACAAAAGAACUGAAUUGGACUACAGAUGUGAUUCCUACCUUCCUGGAGAAUGGCAUGCAGCUGGAUAAGAGCGAAAACUCCUUCGUCGUGCCUUCUACCGGAUUGUACUUUAUCUACUCUCAGCUUUUGUUCCACAAGGACAACUGCAAGACGCCCCUUCUGCUCACCCACAGCAUCGUCCGCCGGUCAUCCGAGAUCAGCGUCGAGGUAGAAUUGCUAAAAUCCAUCAAAUCUGUCUGUGAACAGGUCUCCAGCAACAAAAAACUGUGGUUUGAAUCUAUUUAUCAAGGGGGCGUCUUCCAUCUGAACCAAGGGGCUCGCUUGUGGUCCAAGACAAAUCACCCUGAAUAUCUGGACUUCACUCAUUCGGCACAGAUUUAUUUUGGGGUCAUUGCUAUGUAAAAAAAAAAGACUUUAUGAUGCCUAACCACAUCUUCAUUCAUGUACUUCAUGUAUCUUGGGUGUGGGUUUUUUCCCCCCUCCUACUUACAAGAGAAGCCAACAAAGCCUAUACGUAGGCAGACAGUAUUAGCAUCCUUAGUGUGAGUCUUUUCUAAACUAGAUUUUUAUUUAUUUAUUAAUAUUUAUUUAUUGAGCUUCUCCUAUAAUCUUGAAAUGUCAGCUCCCCCCCUCAUCCCCUGUGUAGGAGAUCCUUGUAAAAAGACAGCACACUUUUUGCAGGCAAUAAAUGCAUACACACGUAACAAUUUAGUUGUGGUUCCCCGUUAGGUUGGGUUCAUGUUGAUGACCCUGUAUUUGGGACACUGCAAAAUGCUUUUGUGGCUAUCUUCAAACAGGAUUUCCAUUCCUUUGUCCCC